CCCAGAACGAUGCCUGGCUUUUCAGGCAAGCGCAUUUGAAUGUGUAACUAAUAUUCCCCGCUCACAAAGAUUUUUUUAGCUUCAAGGUCCUUUAGCUUACACUAUGAAAUCGUGCCACGAUUGCUCGAGAUAGUUAAAAUGUUUACGACAAUGUUUAAUUUCAUAUCGAUGCUCGCGCGUCAAUCCAGAAGGCUUUGUCCAAUAUCUUCAUGUGAGAAUUAAAAUCGAAAAGAAAUGUCAUUUCCCGCUAGCACCUUCUGGAAAGUGGCUGCCAGGAAGACGAAAUUCGCGGUUGGCCUCGGGUGGAUUUGCUCAACCGGCACUGCAGUCCUUGGUUUUUUCUGGGACUCGGAUCCAGCGCCGGAAUCUGAGCCAGAGUUUCUCUGCGAGACAGCACAAGCUGGGUACCACAUCAUUCAGGCAACAGAAUGCGGUAUGCACAUUUGGCGAGACUCACUGAAGGGCACCAAGCCUCUAUUUGUCAAUUUCGAGAAGUAUAACGAGCGGUGCGAACCACCGCAAGGGGCGGUUUUCACGGAGAUAGAAGCAGCCUUGCAGAUACCUCCGCGAGAGGAGUAUCAGCAGCCCGUCCGUUAUUUUACGCCCGACGGCGGGGCAGUUAAUAAAAACGAUGACUUCGGCAAGGUAUAAUUGGGAGGCAGAGGUUUGUUACAGUUUCUUCUUAGUGAAACAAGAAUACUUGAUUAAGCUUCUGGACCUCCACCACGCGAAUAAUUGAAGGGCAUUUAUUUGUGGGAAGAACCUCGCAGCUCCCCUGUUGGAAGGUCGUUAAUUGUCCUGUCGUGUCAUGUUUGGGCUCAACUACUUUGCUUCAUGCGAUUCAGUUCAGGGAAUGCGGAGCACGGAGCGACUCACUUGGUUGGGUCUUGAUCUUCAUGCGUAACAAUCCCAAGCACAGCCACUCUCUUUUUUGUUUUAUGCCCUUUUUAUAGGUCGUGUUCCUGAUCGAGGGAGGUCAAUGGCAGUGGCCACCUGUGAAGCAUGGCCACCGACACGCGCUCCAAGUGGACGACGGACGGAUUGUGUAUCUGGAAACCCGGUCCCUGCAACCACCUGUCUUUUUCAUAGAUUCACUCGUUAUGUUAAGGCUCAAAUUUCAGAAAGAUUUUGUUAUUUGUUUGAGAAGAUAUAAUGUACUUUCUCGGUCCACCUCAUCAUUGGUCAUUGGGGUUGGUCGCUGAGAUCGAAGCAAAAGGGGGUUCUGUGAGAGAAGAGGGGAAAACCAAGGGGGGAAAAUGAAAGGAGAGUCGUGGGGCCCUUUUGUUUCACAAUCAGUUACCAAUGAAUGCUGAACUUUAAUUAUGGAGGACGAGGCUCAAGCUUUGAUCGAUUGGUCGAAGCCGAAGUUCAAGGAUUCCGCGGUGCUCGUCAUGGAUGGCAGUUCGGCAAAAGACACGAAGAAGUGGCGGACAAGCCGCGACGUGCGGCCGGAAAUGGGAGAGACACCGCUUAUCCGUACUUUCGAACGAAGGGCGGAACAAGUGUCGAAGCUCUCGCGAGCACACCAGGAGCACAUGCAAAUUUUGGAGUACGACCUGAACGGGUACAGUUUCUCCUUCUACUCAUCACCAACUUGCGCAAUCCGCGUACUUUCGUGCUGCGAGGUUAUUUUUGAUUUAAUUAGAAGAACUCAGAGAAGAUUCAGUGACAUCGCAGGGCCAAUCCGAAUCGGCUACUCAGCAGCAUCAUUCAAGUCGACUAGGGGUGGACCGCACUCAGUAGCAGUAAAUCCUACCGUGUUUAUCAAUUACAAUCACAAUUUGUGACAAAACAGGACCAAGUACAGGUACUACCAUGCGCACGACGACGCGACAAAUUUGGAGUUGUACAAGGAGCAAGAUCAAUUGAUACUUGAAAAACAGUAUGGACACUUUGACCGCAUGAUAACCCUCUUCUGGUAUUUGAAUACGGUGGAGGAAGGAGGCGAGACAAUCUUUCCGGCAGCCGACGGAACGCAGUGGCCAGAGGACAUGUCUGCGUGUGGCGCAGGAUUGAAAGUCAAGCCCCAACAAGGAUCGGCAAUCAUGUGGUACAACAUGAACGCAGACGGAAAACUCAAUCGCUUUGCCCUCCAUGCAGCGUGUCCGGUAAAAUUUAACUCAAUUUAUCAGGAUUGAAGAGUGCUGACCUACUUUUAAGCCAAAUGGAGUGGUUGCGCCUGGACAAACAGUGAUGUGGAACUGGAUAUGCAAUGACUAACGCGAAAAAGCAAAUUCCAUCCUGAACUUCGAUAAAACUCUUUCUUUGAGUCGCAAGGGAACAAUAUGCUUUCCGUUUUGGAAAUCCAUACCAGGUCACUCGCGGACAGAAAUACGCCAUCAAUGCAUGGAUUUACAACAAGGAGCGCGCCGUCCCUCCGGCUAGCUGGAAUAAUGAGCAUCCGGUGCUCAAGCGUCUAGGCCGCUCAGGCGGUGCCGUAGACGAUGGUCACCGUCUACUUCACACAGUUUCUGCCAGUGCAAGAGACGUGCACAUCUACUGGAAAAGUGACCGGCCUGACUGCGGUAACCAGUGUUACGAGUGUGGGAAAUGCAUCUCCAAAGUCAUCUGGAGGAAAACAGUAAGAAGAAAAAGGCGUCUAGAUGAUCUCUAUGAUGGUAGGUGGUAGUAGGAGCACUUCUCAACAUACACUCUAUGAUGCAUUUUCUAUACCUCUAACAGUGCGAGGUGUUCAUGAUCUCGCUCGACAGUAAUAAUAACCACGGUCAUAGUCUGAACACCUUCCGUACGCACGUUUUUGUGGCACGAGAUGCAAAAACAGGAGAAUACCUGGAUGAAUAUCAGGUUCACGCGACGCGAGUGCAGAGGUCGUGGCGCUGGGAUAUUAAGGAAUCGCUGUCGUCAAAAGAGGCAGAACUCUGAGCGCAGCAGCAAAAUAUGUAUAUGUAUGAUAAGUGCAACAACGUAAUGGUUUGGCGAUUUUUAAUCGCCACUGCAACGGGCUCGCUGGUGGGAGCAGUGCUAGGUUUCUUACGCGCGGGAACUUCCGACGGACGCAGCGAAAGCGUGCGACCGAUUAUCAGUCGAAAACAAACAUUCGGGCAGCGACAUUGAAGUCGGAAUGGUCUGAUAUUUUCCUGGGACGGCCGCGGAUUCAAAAUCACAACGGCAGAAGGAAGUGUACAGAUCAUGCCGAAAGCGAGCGACGGAGCUACUUGACGGAGGACGAAAUGUUUCUUAUCAGUAAUGUAGUACCGUACUUGUUGUCAGUGAGUGUGCUGCUGCUGCGUCGGUGUUACGCAACGUGCUACUUCUUUAUUGAAGUCAACAUUUAUGGCACGCGCUUUAGAUAUUGUAAAAGUAUUUUCAUCGCAAUUUGAUUGGAAGAAGAGCCCAAUCACAAGCAACUGUGAAAAUGAAAAGAGAGCUUGCAAGAUUCACACGAUGUCAAUGAUCCUCGAAGAGCACAACAGGUGCACAGAAAUUCCGUGAUAAAAAUCGUCUGUGAAAUGAAGAAAUACCUGGUGCGAGCGGCCUUGUCAGUUCGCACAGUGUACAUUCUUGUUCC